AUGUACGAGCCGGUUAAACCUAAACCAUACGUAACGUAUCGGGUGACUACUGAUUUGAUAAAGCGUUUCGUUAAACUUCACCCAAUUAAACAAAUUCGUCAAAGACCGAAUACAAAAAUGCCUUCUGCAAACAAUAACCUUCAAUCCGCCUUACCAAACAACAUGAAAGAAUAUGAACUCCUCGUUAUCCCACCACCGUCUCCAAAGAGUCCCACCCAACCAGCCCUUCGAACAAAAAGAAUCAGUUGCAAUCAGACCAAUGGAUCGUUUUUCUGGAUUCCCGAGGGAUUUCGUCCUGUUUUGGUGCGCACUUCGGAUUUGCCCUUGAUUGUAGGUUCUGAAUAUAACCCACCGUCGCCAAGCAAUUCCUCCGGAUACGCAAGUGGAGAUGAAUCCGGUUAUUAA